GACAGCUCAGACCGAGUGCUAGAGGGACAUGGGAGUCUUCGCACGCUGUCCUGUUUAAGGUGGUUUACUGAGACAGGACGGUGGACGGACUUCUCUGAGGAGACAACAUCCCAGCAGCCAUGAAGAAACUUGCCAAAGCUCUGUAUGACAACACAGCAGAGUGUCCAGAUGAACUUGCCUUUAAGAAAGGUGACAUCAUCAUAGUGAUGGAUCAGAACGUGGACGGCACUGAUGGCUGGUGGAUAUGUUCUCUGCAUGGGCAGCAUGGCCUGGCCCCUGCUAACAGACUGAGGCUUCUACCACAGACUUUGGAUGACCCCAGAUUAUAUAUCGCUGAAAGUGACAACUGUGUGCCCAACAUCUACCAUACACCAAGCGUGCCUCGAUCAUCGAGGGAUCUCUGUGUCUCUAACAGCCCUGCUUACAGCAUGAACAUGAUCUACAACAGUCCAUCCAGCACUGCUGUCCAGAGUCCCUCCAGGCUCAAAGCAGAAGACCCUGAGGCAGACAAGGUCUCGUUUGUCAGCACGCCGUUCAGUCCAGAGGAGAGGGUUUAUGAUGUCCCAAGCCGAAGAAAAACUUCUCUUUACACUGAAGCAACAACUCCUGGACUAAUGUCACACAGAAAAAAACUCAUUUCUAAGCUGGAGAAGUUUAAGGUUCAAGAAACUUCAAGCUGUAGCAGUCCAGGAGACGCUUCUGUGUAUCCAGUUCCACCACCCCAGGAUGCAAAUUAUGACGUUCCGGUUCCGUCAGCCACAGAAAGCCCACAGACAAUGAUUGGUGCAUACAGCACCCUUCCUAAUCCUCGCAAGCCUGAGUGGAUCUAUGACGUUCCAUUGGGUUCAGAGAAACAAAGUCUACACCAUAGCCUAUAUGAUACGUUGCCCUCUAAAACCAAUUCCAGUCCACUCUACGAUGUUCUUCCAUCGUGUAAUCUGUCUGUUCAAAGGGCAAACCCUAACCCAUCCUCCCUUUAUGAUAUACCUAAAGCUAAUUCUUUUGAAAUCCCAAGUCCCCCCAAAGCACUACCAUCUAAGGAGAAACCUUUCUGCCAAAUGAACGCUGAUUUAUCAGGCAAUCAAAUGCCCCUCGAAGAUAGAAGUGACCCAAGCAAACUUUCUGAAUUCAAAAAGGUGCGCUUGCAGCAGAUGAGGAACUUUCUGGCUUGUACAACAUUUCAAGACCUUUCCAAUAAUGUGGAGCCACUUGUGCAAGAAGAUGAUAAAACUAGAACAUGUCCCUCUGCACCAGACAGUCAAAGAAUCAGCAGAACCUCCAGCUCUUCAGGUAGCUCUUGUGACUCUCUAGCCUUGAGCUCGCCAUCUCCUGAGCUUCUACAUGAAGUGACGCUCAGUCAGGACGAGGCCUGCCGCAAACUCCUUGACUUGCAGGAAUCUGUUUGCAGGGCAGUGCCUCAGCUCAUGGAGUUUGUCAGCAGUAACUGGAGAUGUAAACAACACCUGGAGAAACACCUGGAGGAGAUAAAAGAAGCAACAGAGAGGAUUGUAGGUGCUGUAAUGUGCUUCCAGACCUUUGCCCUGGGCAUUAAAGGAAACGCUCGUCAUUUGACUGACAUCAAUCUGCAAACCAGGCUCUAUAAACAGCUGUUGACUGUAGAGGACUGUGCCGUAAUCCUACAACAAACAACAAGUGCUCUGAACAUGGCAGGAUGGACCCUCCACACACUCUGUCAGGACCCAGAUGAGGUCCAGACUCCUGACCAACUGGAUCGUUUUGUUAUGGUGGCCCGUACUGUUCCAGAUGACAUCAAGCGCCUUGUGUCCAUCAUCUAUGCCAACAGCAAACUUCUGUUUAAAAGUCCUCAGAAAGAUCCAGAGUCUGUGGAAGAUGAUAAUGACUACAUUGAAUUAAUGGUUAAAGAUGAGAAGCAGGAGAAAGAAGAAAAAGAACCAAAAGAAAAUAUCUCACCAACCUCUGAAACGAAUGAUAACAUGGGGCCCUCUGACUCCAGCAGUACCAAAGAACAGCACCUUCCUUCCUUGUCAGAGCACUGCCGCCUUUAUUUUGGAGCUCUUCAAAAGGCUAUUGGAGCAUUUGUGGACAGUCUUCACAAUGGCCAGCCCCCAGAGAAGUUUAUCUCUCAAAGUAAACUGGUCAUCAUGGUGGGCCAGAGGUUGGUUGACACCCUUUGUAAGGAAGCCCAUCGUCAAGAGUUGUCCCAAAGCCUGCUAUGUAAGAGCAACCACCUGUGUGCUCUCCUGAAGCAGCUGGCGGUGGCCACCAAGAAAGCAGCUCUGCACUUUCCCGAUAAGCAGGCUCUGUUGGAGGUAAAAGAGUUUGCUAAAGAUCUAGCCCAAAGGGCACAACAUUUCCGGAUAUCACUUGACCUCUGAGAGCAAAUGCAGCAAGCAUUUGUUGAGACUGUAAAAGGCAACCAUUCAUUCUUGAUGCAUCUGGCUGGUUUCUGGUUAAGUCCUUUGUUUAAUACUAUCUUUCUACUGAACUUCACUAAGCUAAAUAGUUUAUUAAUUGGAAAUAAUUCAAGCAAAUGUAAAAUAGCUAGGACAAGUUUGUUUUAUAAUUAUUUUACAUUUUUGAAAACAGCUUAUCACAUUGACUUGAGUGUUUUUAUAUUUUAGAUAUAGAUGAUGUCACCUGCUGGGUUUUAGAUGCAUUUUGUAAAUAUUUAGUAUAUGAAUAUUAAGUGAAAAUGAAAUCUUUAUGUCUUUCCAAACUUUUAAGUCAAAUAAUUUUAAUAUUUACUUCUAAUAAAAAGCAAUAAUAAAAUCACAAUGCUUUGGAAUUGUUCUAAUUUCUCAAACCAGUUUCUUCUAAAAUAUAAUAUUUUUCAAUAUUAAUCCAAAAAGAACCUCAAAAUAAUUGGCAAUCUGCAGAGAUGGAUAAAAUAAGAGAAUCACAUCAGAGAAAAGGUUUUUGAUUGGUUCUGUGAAUUCAGGUUGUUCAUUCUGUCAGCUGGCUCUGGGUCAGCAAGGUUGAUUAUUCUCCUAUUAAUUUUCAGUGCUUAAUAAAAAAUACGUCGUCAAAACUG